AUCUAAAACACAUUCUAAUAAUUACAAGAAAAAAGGCAUUAUUUGAACCGGAAGUACUCAGAACUUCGACAUGUUUCGUGAAACCCCGUUGUUUUGCAUCAAGAAAAUGCAAUGGCCGCCAUCUUCGACUCUCGUGAAUGUUUUGAUCGUAGUUUCGGACUUUGAGGGCAAUUUUACAAGUGCUAUGCAGUUAUUUGACGGAAAUUGUUUCGCUACACUGUAGGAGUUAUUGUUACGUUCACGCACAGUCACAUGAAAUAAGGUCGGAGGCCGCAGUGGUCUCCUCGGCGUCAUCUCGGGCUUGACCCAAGAUGAUAAUAUUUACAGCAUGUCAGCUUCUCCAGACUUUGAUCCUGCUGCCCGGCAAGAUUACCGGCCGGCCACCUCCAGUGAAAAUGUGUAUGAACAUGUUAUGGAACAUAAAUUAGCAGAUAAUAUGAGUGUACCAAGCAUUAGAACUCCAGUUUUAAGGGCUCUGCCCCUUUCCCCCCCCGAUGGUGACCCUGAACCUGAUUCUACUCACCCUGAAAGUAUUAUUCAGUCUGCACGCAGUAAUAUUGAUAAAGAAGUAGAAUACCACAUUACUGACAAGAGACGGGACACAGAGAUGUCUGUGGAUGCACUAGCUGGACUUGUAAGGAUUGAGGAAGGUCUUGAUAAUGUUGGACGCAUUACUUACCCUAUUAUUCAAGAAGGAGAUGACUCUGGUGAUGGCAACUAUGAAAACACAAGUGCCACUCUCAUCCAGGCUCCACUGAACACUGCAAUUGUUCAGAAUGUCGCAAAGCUGCCACAGAAUUUCACUAUAAAUGUAGAUGCCACUGUUAGCAACAUUACAGCUAUUCAAAAUGUAUCACAAGAUGUGGGCAAUCAGACCCUAUGGCUGCCCACUAUUCUCACAAGUGCUGCCCCUACUGACAGCAAAAGUGAAGAGGACAGAUCCCAAUCUGGUCUAUCACAGAUUAUUAUAACCAGUGAAAGCUAUGUCAAUGAUACAAAUCAAUUGGGAAGGCGGACAAAUAUAGUCACGGAGACUAGCUAUGCGAGCCGACCCAAAUCAUCAAAAGUGCAAAUUUUGAGCAACAUAUCUAUCCCAAAGAACACGAGUUAUUCAUCACAGUAUAUAACCCAGGGCAAAGAUCUCUCCUCACCAGUAUAUGGCACACAGAAUCAUGUGUACAAGUUGAGCACUAAUGUGAUGUCACAAAAGCAUUUAAACAAUUCAGUACUAUGCUCGAAGCCUCCAAAGAGUCAGUCUCUAAUCGGCUGCUCUACAUUGUCACCUGCAGUAAUCAGCAGCCCUAUCAAGAAUGUCUCUUAUAGUCACACUUUUACAAAAAGCUCGAAUUUAAAAUCUCUGGGCAAAGUGAACAAUGGUGCUAACUUAAACGCCGUGGUUGCGGCGUCCUCGGGCAACACACAGUGCCAUAUACUAUCGCGGGUUGUCUCGGGCCCUAAUAAGAUGUCUGUUCACUCAGGCAGAAAAUCUGUAAAUACUUUAAAACAGGCAAAAAAUUCUGGACAGCUCUCGGGACAGAAGAAUCAAUCAAGAGCUAUCAAGAUAAUACAGCAGGCAGGCACCGUACAUAAAUCAGAGUCAAAGGCCUGGCCUAUUGCUAGUGUGGCUACAUAUAAGAACCAGCAGCCAAUAUAUGGUGUAGUGGACUCAAACACAUCUAAGAUUAUACAAAAAGUGGGAAGUCCGACACAUAAGAGUCAUCAUCAGAUUCAAAAGUUGCCUUCUAAAGGGGAGAGGUUGGUUCUCCAAUCUCCUUGUGGGCCCGUACUUAUAUCUACAGCACCUAUAAGCACAAGUAUGCCGCGCGGGCCUCACUAUGUACAGUCUGGUGCGACUCCCAACUUAAGAUACGUACAGACGUACACUCCGACAGAUAAUCAGCUCUCUACUGUGUCUCAAGUGUCUGCAAACCAGCAGCUGACUGCACAGAUAUUGCAGUCGCUAGCGCAGCCUAAGCUGAUGCUGCAUCCCAGUGCAAAUUCUCCACUGAUACCACCUCCUCAACCUGUGGAGGAACCCAUGGAGCCAAAACCGAUUAAUCAAAGGAGAAUUGUGUUCGGUGACAAGUCGACACGUUUAACAGCAGACGAUAUAAUCGGCAGCGAGGAGCGGCCGAAUCUAUCGGAAGAAUUACAGCGGUAUACCUUCCACGACCUGGCCAUCGUGAUGUUGGACCACACAUACGCGCUGCCGGUCCAGAAGCAGCCCGCGCCCGCUCCGCCGCCCGCCCCCGCUCCCGUCUAUGCGCCGCCGCUCCCGCUCCCGCUGCCGCCCGCGGUCGUGUCGCCUCCGCCGGCACCGACGCCUCCGAGCCCGUUGAAGAGGCACUCGCCGGUCAUAAUGUCAACCGCGCCUUACGAACCGCCGGCACCCCUGGUAGUACCCAUUCCCGCCGCUCCAGCACUGCCACUGAGCACUCUGAGUUACAAGCCUCCCCCGACACAAGAUGACGAUACCGCCUCCGUCAUCUCAUCGAUCGACGGCGACCGUCGCCCCGCCGCCGGCGGCAGCGACACUGAAACCGCACCAGAAGGCGAGGAGGAAGGAAAAACUAGAUGCAUCUGCGAGUUUACACACGACGACGGAUACAUGAUCUGUUGCGACCGCUGCGGCGAAUGGCAGCACGUUGACUGCAUGGGCAUCGACCGUAACAACAUCCCCGAUGCUUACAUGUGUGAACUGUGCCAACCUCGAGCUGUUGACCGAAGGCAUGCGAGAGCGAUUCAGCUACGCAAGCGAGAGGAACUUAGCGCACUCGGCGCUUCAGAUACGGACUCUUCAGAAAGCACCAGGGUGCCCGGAGCGCGUCGCAAGCGACUCCUCACUGUCACCACUUACACUGACACUAGCGGGUCUUGUGUCACUACGUAUAAUUCGGCCUCCCCGGCCGUACCUACCUUACCACCGCUACCUCCCAUGCCGCAGCCGACCCUCACUUUACCAAAACGCGGCCCUAAGCGCCCUAAGAAGGCCGAAGUUGUCAGAAAAGGAACCAAGAGAAAACUCGCAGAAAAGAGGGUCAAACGUAAGAAGGAGCUGAUGAUGAACCGAAGCAAAUACGCCACGACCGUAUCCAGUCAAUCCCAUUGGGGAGAAUCAUUUGAGCAGGCGAUGACUAACCAUUACAGCCCCGAACUGAGGGCAAAAAUAAUGAAAUAUAGCAGUAAACUAGGCAAUACGCCGAACAUGUCCUCCGCUAUAACAGCGCAUUUAUGUACUACUGUGCCGCAUGCGGGAGGGAAAAUCCUUAUUGCGACAAAGGACUUGAAAGAAAACACACCAGUGAUAGAACUCAGAGGGAAAUAUAUGCUGUCGAACCAGCACAGGCCGCAGCUGCAGAAUUCAGCGCGUGCGGGCAGCCAGAAACCAGGGCCUUUCGUCUUCUUCUACAGACUGCCCAAGGAUAACACGCAGAUCUGUAUUGAUACAAGAACGUAUGGCAACGAAGCCAGGUUUGUUAGGAGAUCUUGCAAACCCAACGCGGAACUCCAACAUUGCAUCAUCAAAGGCGCGCUACACGUCUACUUAUACACUAUUGGGACGAUCCCCUCGAACACAGAAAUAACAGUCGGACACGACACUAACGGCAGCAAACAGCCAUGCGCCUGCGGAAACCCUAAACACUGCAAGAUCAACGGAUUUAAUUCCUCACUAGUUACGAGGAAAAGCAUUGAUUACCCUCCAAGAGAAAAGAGGAGCAGAAACAGGUGUUCCAGCUCAUCUUCCCCUGCAUCGCCACCGCUAGCAGCUGUCCUAGCUUCCCCAGCUAAAGAAUACCCUUGCCCAGUAACACCCAUCAAGUUGGAAAAGAAAUCGCCUAUCAAAUACGAAUACUCACCAAUGUCUCCCGUAAAAAGCGCCAUCAUGGCCCUCAACUUUGACCAGCCGGUGAAAACAGAGGCCCCAGAAGAUACCAAACCAGAAAUGGAUUUAACGGCCAAAGAGGAGAUGAAACCGGAAAUAGACGAGCCGGAUUACGUGAAAAUGGAGACUGAGGAGGAGAAACCGGCAGAACCGGUUAUGCCAGAACCUGAUCCUCAACCUCAACCUCAACCUGAACCAGAACCAGAACCGAUUAAGGCAGAACCAGAACCAAUCAAAGAGGAAGUGAUUCCUAAAAAGGAAGAAACGAAGGCAGAACCUGAAUCUGAUGAAGAAAAACCUCCUAAAGAAGUUAAACAGGAGCCUAGUCCAAAGAAAGAGUCUCCUAAAGUGGAAGAAAGGGAGCGUAGGACUAGACGAGAUGGGCUUGAUGAUGAAAGACCGGCUACACGGGAAUAUACAGCCAAGUCGGCGUGCCACGACCGAUCAUCCAGGUCUAGUAGGAACACUUGUACCAACCAGGACUCCUUGGAUGAUAAAACUGAUGAUUCGCAGGACAAACUGCCGACCAACAAAGAGAAGGAUAAGAAGAAAAUGACUCGUGAGGAGCGUAAAAUGGAAGCCAUAAUGAAGGCGUUCGAACGCAUGGAGAAAGCGGAACAGCGCAAACAGGAGGUGAAAGAACGGCAAAAGCGGAGGGAAUCCGAUCCCCACCCAAAUGCGGUGGACAAAGAUGAGGAUGAUGACUUCCAGUGCAGCUCGAAAAAGAGGAAGAAACGCAAAGGCCGCGCCCGCACCACGUCGCAGUCCAACCGGCGGCGCCUGAACUCGGCCGACAGCGACCUGGUGACGUCGGGCGACGAGCCGCGCUCGCCGCGCCCGCCGCGCCCGCCGCGCCCACCCCGCAGGGACAGCGCGCCGCACAACAACGAGGCCGACAGGAACAACGAUGCCAUCAGCGAAGAUCUUGGCCUAAGCUCAGCAUGUUUACUAGUAGAAGCCGCCGUCGGUUCAGUGGAAUCCGCCUUUAAACUGCCUAAAACUAAGAAAACGAUGGCAACGGAAUGGAUCGGUCGGUCGCCCGAGCGGACGCCGUCGCCCUACAGAUCUCCGUACAGACCGCCUUUGAUGUCCGCCACAUCUUUAGAGAGCCUCGUGAGAGUUGCCUCGACGAUGAUUGGCGAUUUAAGUGGGGCCCCAGAUUUCCACGAGGAAGAUGCGGCAUCCCCACCCAGAACCCCCAGCCGGGAUCGGAGCAGACCCCCAAAGAAGGCUAGGAGGAUUACUCGGAGUACCCCUCCGACUGAAGUCGUGGAAACGACGCCUACUGUGAUACCCCAGCAUAGUGCUAAGAAACGGUGGCUCAGACAGGCCAUCAGUGAAGAAAGCGAUUCUCCUAAUGCGGGUGCGUAUUGACAUGCUCAUUUGAGGUACCUUGAAGAUUGUAAAGACUAAAUGUUUUAAUGUUUAAAUUUAGAUGCGUUUGUUGUAGAAUCUCCGCCCAACGAAAUAGUGACGCCAUUGAAGAAGCGACGGUUAGCGAGAGAAUCGCUAUCCUGCGAACCUAAUAAUAUUGUGCCUUGUCACGACGAAACGUCACCCAAUUUAACGUCCGAGGAUUCUCCGGUGAAGGACGACGGCGGUCUGAUCCGGCAGUACAACGUGCGCGGCAUCAUGGAGGGCGUGUACGGCCGCGACCGCACGCGCUCCGACAGCGGCCAGGGCUCCGACGACCAGUGCCACCCCGACCACGACGUGCUCAACGUCAACGUGGCCACCGCCGACACCGAGCACAUCCGCCGCAUCAUCGGCGUGCCCACGCCCGAGGACGAGCUGCCCCCGCCGGCCAAGCCCGACUUCGCCACCAACAACAACAACGUCGAGCCCGACGACCCCAACUACGACAAGGUCGUCCCGAUGGACAUCGACACCACUGUCACCCCUCAACCGAAAUUAGAAAGCAGUGAACCCACAAACUGUGAUAUAAAAGGAAUGGACCUGCUCAAUGAUAAACAGAACAGUUCCCGAUCCGCAGAUACUAGCGGGAACUCGUCUCCGCAGCGCGACGAGAUGGACGACAUACAGAAGAAGAUACACUCCUUCCACACCGAAAACAUUCUCAUCCUCAAGAGCAGGAACAAGAAACCUCCGAAAGAAAAGCGGAAGAAGGUCAAUCUGAACUUCGAUCUCAACAUGGUGGACGACCAAAUCAGUAUUCAAUUGCGCACAGAGAAAGAAAGUUCGAAGUCGCCAGAGAUUAAUGGUGACAUUCACGACGAUAUCAGCAAUUCGGCGUUACUGGCCCCCGAAAACAUACCUUUGCCGGACGAUCCGGGCCCGAUUCCUCCUCUAGAAGCGAUACCGCUACCGGAGGAGCCGAUGCGGCCUAUAAAGAAGCAAUUUACGGGGAACAUGAAGAACUCCAAACUGGUGAUUAAUGGAGUCAUGCACGACUCUUACACGAUCGGGGACUCGAUGGCUCUGCCGGCGCCGGAGAACAUCCCCCUGCCGGAAGACCAGGGCCUGUUAUCUGUGAUACCGCCGCUGGAGACGAUUCCUCUGCCCGAGGAGCCGCGGCGGCCGCUCAAGGCCCGGGUCAAGCAGAUGAUCGAAAAAGAGGAGAAGGAGGCGUUAUCCAACGAUACAGACUCAAAGUCGUCCGAAGUCAACGGCGAGGUGCACUCCGAAGUGGAGUCCAUCCCUCUACCGGACGACAUCCCUUCACUAGAGGCUAUCCCUCUGCCGGAGGAACCGAUGGAACCGGUGCGAGUGCCCGCGUCGCCCGCGAGCAAACCUGAAGAAAAACACUUACCAGGGAAAGAUAAACCCUCAGUUCUGGAGAGCCCGCUCCCCUUCUCGUCGAGGUUCAGCUCGACCGGACUGUUUUCGGGGAUCUUCAGCAACUUCUCGCAACCCUACGACGUGCCGGCGUCCGCGGACCCGGUGCCGUCCAUAAUAAAAAGUGCAAUAGAUAGGACUACAAGUUUAGACAAUAGUAUAUUCGACAAAGAUAGUAUUACGGGUGUGGACGAACUGAAGAGUGUGCAGGAGAUACUGACUCGCGUGAGCAAUAUGGACUCGAAUAACAGUGUGCUGCUGUCGGGCGUGCUGCAGACGUCGCUGGCGGAGGCGGGCGCGGCGCACAGGCCGCCGGGCGGCGCCAGGCCCUGCCGCGCCGCCGACCCGCGCCUGCACCCGCCGCCGCAGGACAAGCCCAAACCCGUCAGGAGGAAGCUCUCUAUCACCGAAUACCGCAAGCGGCACCGAGGGCCCCUGAGCGAGGAGCCGCACCCGUCGGAGAGCGAGGCGCACGGGCCGGAGUGGUCGUCCGAGUCGUCGGGCGCGUCCGGCGCCGGCUCGCUGUCGCCGCAGCGGCUCGACGCCGCCGCCGCCGCCGCCGCCGACGACCUGGAGCAGAGGCUGCAUCGGGAGCUCGCUAAUGCGCAUUUGCCUAAAGGAGUGUUCGACGCACAGCCUACGGCGUCAGAGCGGCAGCGCGAGAACCUCAGCUCGCGGCUGCGGCGCGAGUUCGGCCUCGCCCUGCCCGAGGACGAGCGGCACGAGCCCCCCGCAGGCGGUGGCGCGGCGCUGCGACAGAUAGAGCGUAAGGCAUAUUUUUGUAAAUCUCACGGCGCGGGGCGCCGCUGUACAGCUGAUCUAAGUUAACGUACGUUUUGUACCGCGGGAGCGCCCGAGCGCUCAAACUGUAUAUUUCCGUUUCACUUCAGUGUUUUUUUCACGGUUUUUCUGCAAGUACAAAUUGUUUUUAUUUCCCUUUGUAAAUAUUGUACAUAGGAGAUGAAUUAAGAUAGGAUGUAGUGGUACAUAUGUAUAAUGGUAUAUUUUUUUUAUGUAUGUAUAAUGUUUAUGUAUGUCGGAUAUAUUUAUUUAAUAGAAGGACCGUCUAUAGAAGGAUUGCUAGGAUUUUUGUACGCAUAAUGUUUAAGUAAAUUAUAGUUGUUUUUA